UUGGCAACAGGUUAAGCACUCUAUACCCUCUAUACGCAUAAACUUUUACACACGAUACACAUGGAUGGUUGUACCAAACAAGAGCAAACCAAAAUGGACGAACAAAAGUUUCAAUUGUCAAAAACUGAUAUCGAUUUAGAUACAAUUUACAAUCGAUUGAUAACUUGCAUAUGCGAACUGCAGUCCCGAAGGAAUGAAGUGACUUUGCUGAAAACCACGUUGGACGAAACAAACCGGAUGAAAGCCGCUUUGGAGAACGAUGCCCAAAACUUCCAACGUGAGAUGACCGAACUGCGGGACCAGCUGAAGAUAGCACUGGAUGCUCUCAAUCAGAAGGAAGCCAUCCGCAAUGGCUUCAUGGAGAAUGCUGCCCGACAAAAUGUUCAGCUUGAAGCAGUGACUAAUGAUAACGAACGUUUGAAUGUGAAGAUCGAAACGUCACAGGUGAAGAUAAUGGAACUUACACGAGACAACAGCAAACUUCUGGAACAGCUAAAGGCUCUCCAGGGAGCUCAAAAUCCAACGACGGAGAGCACAGACCGCAUUUGGAAGGCCAUGGAUGUUUUGAAUGGUCAUUUGCAAAAAUUGGAAGCUGACCAUUUGGUUCUUAGUGAAACCGCAGAAUCGUCAAACAAGAUAGCUGAAGAAGCGGCCUCGGCGUUAGUAAACAGCAGAAACAACCUGAUGCGAGUGCAAAAUGAGAACAUGCUCCUAAAACGCAGAAUUGUGGAGCUGGAAGCAAAAAUUAUAACGAUUUCAUCUGACGCAGCAUUAAACAAAUCGGAGAAACUCGAAGAAGAUUCUUUCGACAAGUUUGAAGAACACCUGAAAACUGUCACCGAAGAACUUGAGCUGGAACGUGAAAUAAACGUUAAACUUCGUGACGAUAUGGAUGCCCUGAUGGCUCUGCAGAAUUGUCUCACCAAUGACGGUAAUAUCGUUGGGGACAGUGACGGUAAUAUCGAGGGCGUCGGUGAGCAGCAACCCGAUACACAACUCCCAGACGAAUCAAAUUCCACGGAACUCAUGGAGACAGCUUGAAGGUCAUUUUUUACAAACUUUGUUCGAAGCGGGGAUGCCGACCACUUUUCUAAAUACGAUUUAUUUAAUUUCUUCGUGGAUUGAUUAGAAUUUGUUUGAUUUGCUAAGUGUGUGAAAUAUAUCAGUAACUGUUAAAUACUCAACGGAACUUCGCUUUGUUAAAGUUGAAUAGAAAUUAGUUGGUUUUCAGAACGAUUUCAUUUAAUUACGUCGGCUAGGCGUUCGUUUAGUUAGUGUAUUGAAUUGUACAUGGUUGAAACCAAAUUUCUGAAAACAAUGGGAAAUCUGGCAAUUUAAAUGUAGUUAACUAUAUAUUAACACCAUAACCUAUAAAAUUCAAAUUUAGAGUUAAAAAUAAAAAUAUUCGUAUAUUAAUUUGAUUCUCGCUUGGCGUUAUAAUUGGUUCAGUUUCAGCUAGUUUUGCUUGAUCGCUUCUAUCAUAACUAUUGUUUUUAUUUUUAGUUGGUUGUGUUUGUGUCUUUUAUUUUCAUCGAUUAAUAUGCCAUAAUGCAUAUUUUUGGGAUGUUUUGGAUGUUGUCAAACAGCUAUCAUUUUAUUGUCCACAUUUAAAGCUACAUUUGGUUGGAGUUUUAGUGAAUUUGGGGUGUUUCUGUUAUUUACUUUUCUGUUUUUGUUAUGAGCAGAUCUAUCAUUUACUCUCUAAGAAAGCAUACAUUUCGCGUUAAAAUAACGGCACAUUUAGCUAAACAACUCAAAUAAUAAAAAAUAACCAACAAAUUUCAGUCAGAAGUCUUUCCAGGAUAUUUCGGAAUUUAAUCAAAGGGCUCAAAUAACCACAGAAAUUUUCUAGCUACGCCACAACAUUUGUUUUAUAAUGAGAAAGCCUUGGGUUGGUCCCGUGGCGUAGUUGGCUACAUAUUCAUCUUAUGAGCAGAGGGGCAUGGGUUCGCUUCACAUCCUCCUCAACUUUUGUCAAGUCACUGUAAGGUGACGUGAAGGACGACGCUUUGGGGAAUGCUUGUGCAUCACAAUCAUCGGACAGCGCCUGACAAUGACGAUACAUGAAUAAAAUGGGAACCAGACACCACAGCAAUGAAAAUCGGACUAGAUAAAGGCUGUGUUCAAAGCGACGAACGAACUAAUUAUUCAUUAUCAAUUACUAUGAUAAUAAAUAAUUCCAAAUUAAAAAAAAAAAGAGAAAGCCAUCAAAUUUCCCGGUACCAAAAUAUGCAAAGCAAGAAUUGCUUCAUAUUUUGGUAGAAUUAUUCUAAGGCCUUCCAUUUUCUAAUUCAGGGAGAAAUCCGCCAAUGUAAUCACCCGUAACUCGUUGUAGAAGAUAUUAUUUUGAAUCAAAUGUUUUUAUAUAAAUUGGAACCAAAGUCGAAGCUUGGAUUAACAGCACUUUUGGUGAAACCUUUAUUUGGGACCCCUUAGAGUUUUUUUUUUAAAUUUUGUGAUCAGUGGUCAUUAGCUUGCAUUGUCUGGAGACAGUAUUGACAACGACAACACAAACUCUUCCACCCGUCUCUGCUACGGUGUCGAAAAUACACCCCAAUGGCAAUUGGAGCAGGGGUGCUUUCACUUCAUUGACCAGCUCUAGCUGAUCAGCACGGAUAUCCCAUUGUGGCUACUUCCACUUCACUCGCUGCUAAAGGUUACUGACAUAGACCAGGUAUACCCCGUUAGGCAUAAGUACGUUAGGCAUAACAUUACCCAAAGAACAGCACAUGACAUAAAGAAGGCAGAAUUGUGCCAAAGAUCCAUUAUGCCUAACGCCCUUAUGCCUAACGUACUUAUGCUUAACGUCGCCGACCCACAUAGACCUGUUGCCAGCAACGCCAGAGGUCUUUGAUCGAUUUUUUUCAUGCGCUGUAGGCAGAGGCGUAGCGUGGACUCCAAGCGCCCUUGGCGAAAGUUCAUUGGGCGCCCCUUCUUUAGCAAAAAGAAUGUGCAAUAAUUAAUUUUAAAAGAGCAUUUCGAAUCUUACCUACCCAAAAGAAGUAAGAUUAAAAGUUCAGAUACUUGAAAAACAUUUAUACCUGAAAGUCUACGUGGAUUAAAGUAAAUUCCCCUAAAUGGAAGUUCAUAAAAAUUGCUCAAAGUUCUUUACAGAAAUUUACAAAGUAUAACACGGAAAGGCGGGGCAUAAGAAACAUAUACAUCAAAUAAAAUUUUCAGAUGUUCACAAUCACCAUUUUUACGUGAUGCACUGAAAUACCAUUUCCUCUACGGGUCCUUUUAGCCCCUGAAACUUAUGCUCGAAUAUGAUUGAAGCAGAUUGCUAAAUAUUAAAAAAAAAAUGCUGGAAAUCUAACUCUGAAGUGGGUCGGUUGAAAGUCGGAAUCGCUAUCGGACGUAUUCGAAUCAAGAAAAUCUAAUGUGGAUCUGUCGACCGAUUUGUACCAUACUGCUGGAUCAAUUUGGACAAUAAAAUCUAACUCUAAAUCUAAUCUAAAUCUAAAUCUAAUGUUAAGAAUCGUCAUCGAACUUAGUGGAAUCGUGAAAUCCUCUAUUUUAUAGUAGAUUGGCUGAAGGGAGGAAACGUAAGCUUACCUAUUUGGAUCAAGUAAAAUACAACUCUGGAGUGGGUCUAUCGAUGAUUUGGGAACACAUCUGGACCUAGAAGGGUCAAUGAAAAUUAGCUCUGAAGUGGUAUAAUCGAUGUUCAGAAUCGCUAUCCGAUUUAUUUGGUUUAAUAAAUUAGUCUGUCGAUGGUUAGAAUCACUACAUGCUGUAGUGGGUUGGUUGAUGGCCGAAAUAGCCAUCAGAACUAUUGUGGUCAAAAAAAAAUGUUACUCUGGUAUGGGUCUGUCGGUGGUUUGCAGACACUCCUGCACAUAAUUGAGUUAAAAUAUUUCAACUUUAAAAUGGGUCCCAAUUCCCAUAGGAAGCAAGAAGGACAAAGAAGAAAAUAAAACUGGGCUGAUAGUAAAUAUUUUGUUGCCAAAAUCCCACUAUGUAGUUGCUACUGUCGUCAGAUAGCUACAAAAGAGAUUAUAAACUACAGAGAAAGAUUGCGAAGGAUUGUCGUUGUUGUCGCUGUCCUGAAUAUCUUUUACUGGAUGGGUUGCACGGGAGCAAAAUAUCAUUGCAAAAUCCACACCAUUCAACAAUUCUGUACUCAGCAUAUUUUGGACAGCAGAACUGUGUUCUUUAAUCACAGUUCUACUGAUUUCUGGGUAUCGGAAAUGGCACUUCAAACAUAGCAGUCAAUAACACCUUUUGGAUGGAUGGAUGGAUGUAUUCCCUAAAAGAAUCCACUGGGAAAAGCUGAAUCAUUUCAAACCGAUGAUUUGAGAGUUAAUUGUCUUCACUACUAUUCCAGAAGUCACUUGUAACGCGAUAGUGCCUAUAAUGGAUCUAACCGAUCUCACAAUGUGGGUAUCAAACCUAAUGAUUUUCAUGACUAAGAUACUUUUAGAAUUUCUCUUAUUCGAUUUGGGCCAGCUAAAUGACAUGUUGGUAUAGAAAUAAAUAAUACCUUUGCUUGCUUCAGUUUACUCAAAUCUUUAUUUAGCGUUAUUCUUGAUUUCGGCGCCCCCUAGAGGCUGGCGCCCUUGGCGGAGGUCGAUCCGGCCAACCACACGCUACGGCGCUGGCUGUAGGCCAUACAUUCGAUUCUGAUUAUUGCCGAUAAGGUCGGGUUCCGGAUGGCAAUGCUCGGGGUUCGACAAUUAAGAAGUGGCCAAAUUAAAGUGGAGCAAUCACCAGGAGAAUCAUUAAAUGGAAGUACCGCCAAGGUACGCCGAACGUGCCGGAUGAAGCGAAACUUGAUUCCACUCCCUAAGCAAAAGUUUCUUAAGUCCUCCUAAUCCGAAAUUGAUGACGAAACUCGCCUCGCAUUGCACGAAGUUCGAUGAGGCGUUUAGUAGCGAACUCCAGUUCCGACAGAGCUGGAAUCUUGAACUGGAGUAUAUCCGAUUGGGGGAGAGAGAGAGAAGUCCCAGAGCCCCUAACUGUAGACGAACGAUCUACUUCGAUUUCUUUUUUGAUUUCCUACAAUUUGCGACAUUUCAUUCAUUUAUUUAGUUAACAUCUAAACAGAUAACACUGAAUCAACAAUUUGACGCCACAAUGCACGGUUCGAGGCCACAUCUCUCCAUCCUCGGAUACGCCCCACGCUCGCCAUGUCGUUCUGCACCUGGUCUGCCCAUCUCGCUCGCUGCGCUCCACGCCGUCUCGUACCUGCCGGAUCGGAAGCGAACACCAUCUUUGCAGGGUUGCUGUCCGGCAUUCUUGCAACAUGUCCUGCCCAUCGUAUCCUUCCGGCUUUAGCUACCUUCUGGAUACUGGGUUCGCCGUAGAGUUGGGCGAGCUCAUGGUUCAUUC